GGUGCCCAGGCUACCAGCACAGAAGAGAAGGACAGUAUGACUCCAGGAGAAAAAGGAAGAGAGGGAGGACCAGCCAAGAGUGCCCUCCGGAAGAUACACACAGCCACCCUGGUGAUCAACUUGGCCCGAGGUUGGCAGCAGUGGGCAAAUGAGAACAGCACCAGGCAGGCCCAGGAGCCUGCAGGCUGGCUGCCCGGAGGGACCCAGGACCCACCUCAGGAUCCUAAACCAGUGACACAUCCUGUUCCCCACCAGAAUGCUCCGAGUGCCCCAAAGCCUCCCUCCCUACAGCCAGAGGGGCGUGGAGACAGGCAGAGCUCAGGGGGAGCCCCUGAGGUCUCUCACAUCAAAAGGAAGGAGGUGACCAAAACAGUUGUGAGCAAAGUUUACGAGAGAGGAGGAGAUGUGAGCCACCUCAGCCACAGGUACGAGAAGGAUGGUGGCACACCUGAACCAGGGCGGCCGGAGGAUGACAUUGACAGAAUCCUCCACAGCCACGGCUCCCCGACACGGCGGAGAAAAUGCUCUAACCUGGUAUCUGAGCUGACCAAAGGCUGGAAAGAGAUGGAACAGGACGAGCCCAGCUGGAGGAGCGACAGCAUAGACACGGAGGACAGCGGCUACGGAGGGGAGCCGGAGGACAAGCCCGAGCAGGGUGCAGAGCAGCAGGUGGCCGUUGCCAGAAUCAGACGCCCCUUGCCCUCCCAGGCGAACAGAUUUGCGGAGAAACUCAGCUGCAAGGCCCAGCGGAAAUGCAGCCACGUGCACAGCCUGCGAGGAAAGUGGCAGCAGUGGGCCGACGACCACGUGCAGUCCCAGAAGCUCAACCCUUUCAGCGAAGAGUUUGACUACGAGCUGGCCAUGGCCACCCGCCUGCACAAGGGAGACCAGGGCUACGGCCGCCCCAAGGAGGGAACCAAAACCGCCGAGAGGGCCAAGCGGGCCGAGGAGCACAUCUACCGAGAGAUUAUGGACAUGUGCUUCAUCAUCCGCACCAUGGCUCGCCACCGGCGAGACGGCAAGGUCCAGGUCACCUUCGGAGAUCUCUUUGACAGAUACGUGCGGAUUUCAGAUAAAGUCGUGGGCAUUCUCAUGCGCGCCAGGAAGCACGGGCUGGUCCACUUCGAAGGGGAGAUGCUGUGGCAAGGCCGAGACGACCAUGUCGUGAUCACUCUGCUCGAGUGAACCCCCAACGGCCAAAACCAUCUGCACCCACGGUCGUCUUAAUGCUAAAUGCUAAUUCGGUGGAAAUUAAAAUGCAAACUGUUCUGUAAUAAGUUAGGAAAUAUUAAACGAUUUUUACAUGAAUGACCUUUGGCACUCCGUUUCUGAGGAAGUUUGAAGAUUUUGAGAAAGCACACACACACAGUUGAAAUUCCACGUACCCUUUCAGGCAAAAAUAUUUGGCUAUUUAUUGCAGACAUUCUUAUAGAUUUUUAAUGAAAUAAUUACUAUAUCAAAAAAGAAUGCUGAGAUUAGGUAAAUAUCAGCAGAACCUAUUAUUACGGCAUUUUUCAGGGGGGGGAAAAGAAUUCUAUUAAGUUGGGCAAAACUAAAUUUAAAAUGUUCUAAGAAGCUUGACUUUGUACAUUAUUUUAAUCAUUAACACAAAAUGGGCACAGAAGUAAAAAGUUAAUUUCAAAUAAGAUCAUGAAAUUGCUCAAAUUUCUCUGUGGGCUUAUGAUUUAAUAGGUUUCCAAAGUUGGCCAUGCUUGUCUUUGUGCAAAUCACAUGAACACAGACAUCACUGGUCGUCUUAGAACCAACAGAGAAGGCGGCUACGUUCGCUUUGGCUGUGGAAGUAAAGCCGGGCGAGAGACCAGGUUCACCUGCCCUAGGGGGACUUCUUGGAGGAGUUUAUCUUUUCUCAAAACCUUAAUAAGCCAUGCUGCUUAUAUUUAUGCUAAUAUAUAAUGAAGUAGAAAUUUUUUUAAAAAAGACAAUCAAGUGGAAUGUUUAUGUAGAAUAUCUGAUAGAAUCACUCACUGGUAAAUUAGAAUCAGAUUUGAAACAUUUUCAUUUUCUUCAUACUCGAAAAAGUUUUAUAAAAUAUCAGCAAUAUUAGUUCUGCCAAAGUGAAAAAAGUAGUUUAACAUGAUGCCAAAGAGAAAUUUAUUUGAUAUUCAUCUGCUACUUGUCAUUUUUUUUUCUCAGAUUUAACGUGCCUUAUAUAAUUCUAAAAACACAGAAUAAAAUGUGA